GAUAGCUACCUGCUUUUCCUGUUGACGAUUGUUGUUUUGUGGAAAUCCUCCGCGCGACGCUUAUGCAAUCGAUAAUAUUGUGAUAAAGCGUGUCAAUAGUAAACAAAUUGUGAAGCAUGAUUUCUCGGUGCGUCACAAUUUCUAGUGCGCAAUUCUUGAGACUGUCUUGACUCGAAGCUUGAUUAACGAAUUGGUUUGGAUUGUUCAGUACGUUUCGGCCCUUUCUCUCAUCACCUUUGAAUUUGGCGCUGAUAGUUUCAAUGUAAACAACGGUUUUCAGUUAAAAAAAAAGAAUAACGGAGGUAAGUUAGUUGAAAUACGUUGGCGGAACCGCGCGUUGCGUUUUUGUUUUGAAAAGUAGUAAAUUUUAGUGUUGUGGUACAACCAUCAAUGGCUGUUUGGGUACGGAAUGCGAGUGUGUGUAUUAUUCUUUCUGACAUUUUGACAGAAGCAGUGUGAACAGCGUACGCUGUGGUACAAUUUUUCCCCCGUUUGUGAUAGUGAUCGUGUCCUUAACAUCGUUUUAGAACUGUACGUUUUAUUCGUAUUUUAAUCAAAAAUAUUAUUCGCGUCUACGAACUUGAAGCACUCCAAGAUGCCUUGCAAACAACGGAAAAUUGCUGUUAUGGGAUACCGAUCAGUAGGUAAAUCCUCUUUGAGCAUCCAGUUUGUUGAAGGCCAAUUCGUGGACUCGUAUGAUCCAACUAUAGAAAACACAUUCACCAAAUCUACCAGGAUCAAUUCACAGGAGUACGAGCUCAAGCUUGUUGACACUGCUGGACAGGACGAGUAUUCCAUUUUUCCCUCUCAAUACAGCAUAGAUGUGCAUGGAUAUGUGCUGGUCUACAGCAUAACCAGCACAAAGUCUUUUGAGGUGGUCAAGCUUAUUUAUGAGAAGUUGCUUGACAUCACUGGAAAGGUCCAUGUUCCCUUAGUGCUGGUAGGGAACAAAACUGAUUUACACAUGGAGAGGAUGAUCUCAACUGAGGAGGGCAAACGUCUUGCUGAAGAUUGGAAGGCUGUUUUCUUGGAGACAUCAGCCAAACAGAAUGAUGCCGUCUCGGAUAUAUUCCACGCGCUACUAAACGAAAUUGAGAAAGCGGACGGUAACAUUAGCGAGAAGUCGAACUGUACUAUAUCUUAAUUAUAAGGUAUUUAGAAAAUUUAAUAUAUAAAUAUGUAUUUUUUGAUGUUCGUUCACAAAAAGAUGUAAAACACAAAGUUUGUACAUAAGAUACCACGACAACCUAUUUUCAGUUAUUCUUAUAUACUCUAGGUACAUAUGUAUAUGUUGUUUUCCUUCGCGGAUCUAGUUUUUAUGUAAAAAAAAAGAAAAGAAAAUAACAAUUUCUUCCAGCUAGCAAUCAUUUUUUAAGCCUUUGAAGAACAAUUACUUAAAAUGAAAAGCAAUAGGACUUACAUAUUACUGCCAAUAUAUAUAUUUAUAAAA